AUGGAAUUCAAGGAAGCUGUGGAACUAGAAGGAAGAGCUGGCAUUGCUGAAGCAACCCCCAAUCAGCAUUUUAGAAGAUGGAAGCCUCCAAUAGAAGGUGCGUACAAGAUAAACACUGAUGCUGCAAUUUCAGCACAGAUGAUCAGAACUGGUAAAGGAAUUGUUGCUAGGAACUGGAAAGGAGAGAUCAUGAAAGUUUGGGCCAUAAUGGAGGAGAAGAUAGGGGAACCAGAACUAGAGGAGGCUACGGCAAUCAGAGCAGCAAUGCAACUAGGAAAAGAAGCAGGCUGGAGGAAGAUUGAAAUACAAUCAGACUGCAAAAGUGUGAUAGACUGCAUCCUAACAGUCUCAUGCAACAACUGCAACUGUGCUGUGAUAUUGGAGGACAUACAAAAGCUAAGGGAGUUUUUUGAUCAAUGCAAUUUCUCCUUUAUAUAUAGGGAAGGAAAUGAAGUGUGUCAUAGGCUAGCAAAAUUUGCCUUGAAACUAGUUAAUGAUGUAUAUUGGGAAUCAAAUUUCCCAGGCUGGAUUAAGGAUCUAGCAAGAAAGGAUUGUGAGGGCAGCUAG